AUUUCAACAGGACAGCAUUCCCAAAAAAUUUCAAGACAGCCAAUGUGAAGCAGCAAGGGAAAGGACAAGAUCCCGGUUGUUCCUUGAGAAAACAAGCGGCCUGAAGUUUUGCGUGGGACCUGGUCAGAGAUUAAUCCCGUGGACCCCUGGAGUAUGCAUCAAAGGUGAACAGCCAGACCACAACAAGUUUGCGUGUAUGACAGAUGGACAUGAUGACAGAGAGACAAACAAACGGCCUGAUGAGCUACAGGAGACGAACAAUGUGACUUUUCAUCCUGCCAUUAAUCUCUGUCAGCAGCUGGUUCACACAUAGCAGGGUUUCUUUUAAAGUCGAGUUGUUCCACAUAUUGUCAGGAGAGUGGUUUGAAGAGGUCUCCGGCCUUGGCUACACACAGUGAUGGACAGCAGUGACCAACAGGAUGAUGAGCGAAGAGGCAAAGAGAAAGAGGGUGACGGAGAGAAAGAGAAACAGCUGAAGAACCAGCUCAACAGUGAGGAAAAAGGAGAGAAGGAGCUCAAAGGCAACGAGAAAGAGAAGAAGAAGGAGGGCAGGCGCUCUGGGUCUCUGUGGAAGAGUGGAUGGGCGCUGAGUGAAAGACUUGCCAUCAAUGUGUCAGGGAUGAGGUACGAGACUCAGCUUCGCACCUUAGCUCAGUUCCCUGACUCCAUGCUUGGUGACCCCCGGAGGAGGUCACGAUACUUUGACCCUCUGCGAAAUGAGCUCUUCCUGGACCGAAACAGGGCCUGCUUUGACGCCAUUCUGUAUUUUUACCAGUCCGGCGGUAGGCUUCGAAGGCCCGCAAACAUCCCACUGGACAUCUUCAUGGAUGAGCUAAUGUUCUACGAGCUGGGGGAGGACAUCAUGAACCGCUUCAAGGAGGACGAAGGUUUUCCAAAGGAGGAGGAGAGGCCGCUGCCCACCAACAGGAUCCAGAGGAAACUAUGGAUGCUGUUCGAGCACCCGGAGUCAUCCUCGGGUGCACGUAUAAUAGCCAUCAUCAGUGUCAUGGUCAUCGUGGUGUCCAUCCUCAUCUUCUGCCUGGAGACUCUGCCUGAUUUCAGGAAUGAUAAAGAGGAGCGAGAGGAAGGUAACGAGAAGAGCAAUAUGGGAAUGGAAUAUCUUUACAAGUAUCACAGCCUUCCAAAGAAUAUUUCUGAGACUAUGCCUCCUCCACCUGGUGUUUUCCAAGACCCCUUUUUCAUGGUGGAGACCAUGUGUAUAUGUUGGUUCUCCUUUGAGCUUGUAAUGCGCUUUGCUUGUGCUCCCAGUAAGACUCGCUUCUUUAAGGAUGUCAUGAAUAUCAUAGAUUUUAGUGCCAUCCUGCCUUACUUUGUCACUCUGGGAACGGAGCUGGCUAAGGAUAAUGACGCCAGUCCGGCCACAUCCUUGGCCAUCAUCAGAGUCAUCAGGCUGGUGAGGGUGUUCAGGAUCUUCAAGCUGUCUCGUCACUCCAAAGGGCUCCAGAUCCUGGGUCAGACACUGAAGGCCAGCAUGCGUGAGCUUGGCCUGCUUAUCUUCUUCUUGUUUAUUGGCGUCAUCCUCUUCUCCAGUGCCAUCUACUUUGCUGAAGCUGACCACACCAACACAGCUUUUAUCAGUAUACCCCAUGCUUUCUGGUGGGCUGUGGUCACCAUGACCACAGUGGGUUAUGGAGACAUGUACCCAGAGACAGUGUGGGGUAAACUCGUGGGCUCUAUGUGCGCCAUCGCUGGUGUGCUUACCAUUUCACUGCCCGUCCCUGUCAUAGUGUCUAACUUCAGCUACUUCUACCAUCGGGAAACUGAGUGUGAGGAUCAAACCGAGUACACCCACAUCACGACCUCACUGUGGGAGGAUGAGGAGCCAGAGGGGGAGGAAACAGAGGAGGGGGAGAGAGAUCCAGAGGGAGAUUAUUAUGCCAUUGAAGGCAUCUGCAACCCUGUGAAUGGGACUGUGAUGGGUGAGCUGUGUAUGGUUCCAAACGCAGAGUACAGAGGAGGAAAUCAAAAUCUGAAGGAACCAAUGGUCACUCAAGUGUAGGGAAGGUAAGUGUGUGACGUGUAUGUGGCAAGAAAACAUGACAAUGAAAAGGAAGAGUGAAACACUGGUGAAAAUAAACAAUACUGUGCAGGGUUGGAUAUCAUUUAAAGAUUUUAGACACCUUUGCUUAACAAUAAUUUUGUCAAUAUCAAAAAAAUUACCUUAAAAAUCAUAAUAUAAAGCUUCAUUUUUCAGCACUCGAGCAUUUAUAUACACUCCAAACAUUCAUAACACUAAAAUAUAAACCUGUUUGCUUUAUUUUGGGUAAAUUAAGUUGGUUUAAUUUUGUUGUUUUUCCAUUUGUCCUCUCAGUAUUACAACAUAAAAAAAACUCAACUUGAUGUUGUGUGUUAACAUACUAUCAUGAAUAAAAAUGGGUAAAAGCCGCGUGUGCACUAUGCAUGUACUGAUACUGAUGAGAUUUACUCUAAAGGUAUUGAAAUUUGGUAUUGAAUAUCGUUUUUUUUUUUUUUUUUAUAUUCGGUUUGUAAGCAAAUCAGUUUGUGUCAUCACAGUAUUGAAGUUUGGUAUCCAGCCCCAUAAUGUGUUUAAAAAAAUGUAUACUUUUACUGAUAUUGUUGCCUUUUCUUGAUCAUUAGAGGUUGUUCUUUCAACAUCAAACAGUCAAAUCACACUUAAAGGCAACUUUUCUAUAAAAAGAGUUUUAGAAGUAUAAUAAAGAGUAAGUUGUACAUUCUCAGGGUCAUGAUGUAAAUGUAUGAUCUUUGUGUAUUAUUGCUCCCAGCUCGUGUUUGACAUGAAACUUUCUGAAUGUCUGUACCUUGAAACUAUGAUGUCUUAGAACGGUCACUUUGGGCCUUAGUGUUUGAAGUGGAAGCAGUUUGAUUAUUGGCAAUAAUGGGGGUCAUGUGCUCAUCAAAAUGUUACCAAACACCAGUGUACCUGUCAUUAGGGGCAGAUUAAGAGGUCUUGUAAACCAACCCCACGUUCUCAACAUUCUUCUGUAACUAAUGUACAAAGUUCACAUUUGUGUAUGUUUUUUUGCUUAUUUGACCUAAAGUGACUGACAUGACCUAUAUCGAGCUGUAACACAACACUUGUGGCAUUACCUGAUGAUACAGUUUGUGCUUAAGAGGAACGUUUUAAUUGCUCUUGGAAAAGUCUAAAGAUAUCUGCUUAAAAUGUAAUGAUUGUUUUUAAUAAAGAGUCUAUUUUAUUAA